UGACAUUCAAUAUAAGACAAACAGCGGUUUGUUUUAGUCUGUUAGCUGCUUCUGUCUUUCUUUUAUUUUUCAAUUUCAUAGUAAAUUACACUAAUAAUUUUAUUAUAAUGAAUGAAUAAUUCUUAUUGACAGUAGAAUUUAGUUAUUUAUAUAAUUAUAGUGUUGUAAAUUAUCACAAUGGGUCUCUUAUCUGACCCCGAGUAUGGUUCGGUGAAGUGGGUGCGCCUGUUGAAUAGAAUACACGGACCCCUGUGUCUCUUGUGUUACGCUGGAGCCCUGGUAUGGUUUCUCAUGUUAGGAAACAAGGAGUUCAACAAUGAGACCUACUUCUCCGAGAACGCGCUGCUACCCGGAUUGGUUACUAACGAAUUCAACGCUGAGCAAUCUUCAAGGCAAUUUUACAAUGAAUUUCUGCAAGAACUUGAGGACAAAUAUUAUGAUACAGACGAGAUGCCCGUGCCGUGGCUGGUCGCCAAGAUGUCACAGCUCCAUCUGGAGGUGUACACGCACAAUUUUACACUCAACUAUCCCUUGGGACAAGGCCAGAUAUACAAAGGCACGAAUGUGUAUGGAAUUCUCAGGGCUCCUCGCACCUCGUCACUGGAAGCUCUGGUAGUGACGGCUCCGUACAGAUCAAUAUCUUCACAUCAGAAAGGCACAGCAGCAGGCAUAGCCCUCAUGUUGGCGUUUGCUCAGUUUGCAAGACCACAAAAAUAUUGGGCCAAAGACAUUAUUUUCCUAGUAACAGAACAUGAGCAACUAGGAAUGCAGGCGUGGCUAGAAGCUUAUCACGGAUUACAAAGUGAUGCUGAGACUUUUUAUACAAGUCUCGGUAGCUUCUGGAAGCCUGAUACACCAGCGUUCGAUUUUGGUCGUGUGGGUGAUGUAUUUAAUUGGGGAGGUGGACAUCAGAAAUGUUUGGAUCCUGGUAAACUGAAGGGAAGAUCAGGAUCUAUACAAGCAGCUAUUAAUUUAGAGUUCCAUGCACCUAAAAUUAAGUACAUAGAAGUCAAAGUGGAAGGCCUAAAUGGUCAGCUGCCCAACUUGGAUCUAGUCAAUUUAGUGCACAAACUAUGUGUUAAGUCUGGUAUACAUCACUCUUAUAAAAACAGUUACUCCUGGAUGCGCACGCGCAACAAGAUGGACGAAUGGACCAAUGGCAUCUGGACAAUGCUCGGUAUGGUGUCUGCACAAAUUGCUGGGGUGCCAAAUGGCAACCACGGCCUGUUCCACCGGUUCGGAAUCGAAGCCGUCACCCUGGAGGGGCGGGACGCUAACGACCCGGCGGGCAUACCGCCCAAAGUGAACGCCCUCACCACCGCCAACUUCUACCGCCUUGGUGUCGCUCUAGAAAGCAUACUCAGGUCUUUGAAUAAUCUUCUAGAAAGAUUCCACCAGAGCUACUUCUUUUAUUUGCUGGCGGCUACAAACAGGUUCAUAUCUAUUGGUCAGUAUAUGCCAUCAUUAUGUUUACUAUGCGUCGCAAUAUUAGUUCGCGCUCUUUCGAUGUGGGUCAACAUACAACAAGAUGGAGAUGAGGAGCCAGAAAAAAGCGUAAAACGGAAGACAUCCGACGCCUGUGUACCAGGCGAACAUGAAUCCGAGGAGAGAUCUGAAGAGAAAGUGAAAACAAUACCAAAGGGAAGGAAGAUAGAGGAGUCCAACAUGAGCAUAGUGAAUAUAGGAGCCAAUUAUUUGCUAGUACAUUUACUUGGUUAUGUUGUGAUGAAUUCUCCAAUGGUUUUCAGUAAGAUAGGUGCAACAUAUUAUAACCAGCCAUCAGAAGUAUCAGUGUUUUAUGGGCUGAUAGUGGCAUCAGUAUUUUUAAUUUUUCUGACGCCAUUAAUGCCGCGGCUGCUCCGCACGGGGCGCAUGACGCACGAGGAGUUAUCCCUAGUCAAUAUACUGCUGCUAAUAGAGUUGGCAACUGUAUGCCUUUCUGUGGGAAUGCACAAUUUCCCACUUGGUCUAGUCAUCGCUGUCCUGUACACUCCUCUUGCCCUGGUAGUUGGCGUCGAGACGACGGGCGGUGGUAAGAGAAGAGUUAUAACCAUUUUCUUGAAGCGUGUCUUGUGCCUAUUGUUGCACCCACUAUGUAUAGUAACAGUGGGCAUGGUCACAUACAGUCGCGUUUUAUUCCCGGAAGAGAACCUUUUGUCUAUGGCUGGCCGGGGCCGAGACGCGGCUAUGCAGGCCAUUAUGUUCUCUAUUGUAGACUCACUUAUUUACGGCAACUGGCUGUACAACGUGGCCACAGCAGUGAUACUCCCCAUAUGGAUCAUAUUCUGGCAAAUACUGUGCAUCAGGAUCGACGACACUGUAUAAUUUGUUACGCCACCAAUUUUAAUAUAUUCAUUCCAAAGUAUUGAAAUAAAACAUUUUUGUUAUUAAAAUAAG